CAUCUCAGCCCCCUGCCUUUCUAGGGUGCUGGGAAAUGGGUGUGCCAGCUUCGGUGGGAGAGAUGGAGGAUUUGGCUCUGUGUGGGCUUCACAGGCUCGGAGACCGUGAACAAAUCUGGUAUUGAACCGCCAUGCUAACUGCCAAGCUGCUUCCCAGACACCUGCGGCCCAUCAGCCCUUCAUCCUGGUCUUUUGGGCCCUGAAAAGGGAACUCGAGUCCUUAGUCUGCCCCUGCAGUCUGUAUUUCUGCCCUUCAGCCCGUCCUCAGCAUGAAGCUCUGGCUGAAUUAGAGGAUGGAGAAAGGCCUCUGAAUUCUUACAGACUUUCUUUGUCCUGGACUGUCCUUUGUGGUGCAGGGAAGGGGGCAUGUGGUAUCUGUCUUUAUCCGUCUACCUUUAGGCUCUGCAGCUGCGAGCACAGUGGAAAUUGCUCCUGAUCCCAGGAAGCUGGUCCAGCUCAGCUUGCAGCCUCAGAAGAACUUUCAAACCUGAGCUUGAGAGCCUCAAUUUGACUGGUGUAUACAUUUCACUUAAGCAAGCCAGUUCCACAACCUGGAUCAGAGAAUCCCUCCAAGUGUACCAUGAGCCGAGCUCGGGAUGCUGGCUGUGUAGCUGCUGGAAUAGUGAUUGGGGCUAGUGCCUGGUACUGUGUCUACAAAUAUACUAGGGGAAAAGACCAGAAGAAGAAGAGACUGACCAAGUCUAAGAACCGGGCCUCUGUGGGUACUGGAAGCAGGGCUAGAGCUGGCCUAAGAGCUGGAUUCACAAUUGACCUCGGGCCAGGAUUCAGUCCCCCAACCCCAGUCAGUAUUGAGACAAUGAACAAGGCCCAAGAAGAAGCAUCCAGUCUUGCCACAGCUGUAGCUGAAGAAGUGGCACCAGGGGCAUCCUGUCCUAAGGUUCAGAAUGGGGCAGAAAGUAAGGCCCUGGAGGUAAAUGGGGCUGGAACUGAGGCUAAUAUGGAAUCAGUAGUCGUGACUUCAGCUGCCUGUGCAGUUACACCUCCUCCCAAGGUGCCAGGGGGUCCCACUGCUGUAGCGGCUCCAGAAAUAGUAGGGGCUCCCAAAGUGGUGGAAGCUCCCAGCACCACAGAGGCUUCUGGGCCAACAGCAUCCCCUGUGCCAGCAGUAUCUCCAAUGAUAGCCCAGUCUCCUGGGCCAAUGGUACCUUCACCAACAAUAGUGUCUACUGGGCCAGCAGCAAUUCCCUGGGCAGUCCAGUCUCCUGGGCCAGCAGUACCUCCCAUGGCAGUCCAGUCUCUUGUGUCAGCAGCACCUUCCUGGGCAGUCGUAGCACCUCCUGGAGCAGUCUACAUUCCUGUGGCAGCCCACUUUGCUGGGCCAGCAGCAGCUUCCAGGGUAACCCAAUCUCCUGGGACAGUGAUACCUCCCCUUCCACCCCCAUCAUCAGUACUUCCCAGGGGAGUCCCAACAGUGCCUGGCAGAACAGUCCAGUCUCCUGCGGCAGCAGUGCAUCCUGUGGCAGCCCAAUCUACUGGGGUAGCAGUACCUCCUAGGGCAGUCCAGUAUUCUGGGGCAGCAGUGCCUUCCGGAGGACCAGCAACUCCUAGGGCAGCAGCAUCUACCCAGAGGACAGCAACCACCGAGGUCAUGCAGGUCCCUAGGGUGGCAGCAGCUCCUGAAGCCACAGAGACUCCUAGAAUGGGAGCACCUGCCAUGGUAGCUGCGGCUUCUCUACCCAUGCAUUCUGGGGCUGCAGAGACUCCUGGGGCUUCAGGGUCCUCUAAGACAGCAGCCACUGGCAAGAAAGCAGCCCCUGGAGCUCACACUGGGGCUAUACCUAAGGCUGGGUCAGCCACUGGAGCUGUACCCAAAGGUGGAGGCAAGGGUGGAAACAAGAACCGGAGUGGAGGCAAGGGCAAAAAUAGGAAGAACAAGGUUGAAGUGGAUGAAUUGGGGAUGGGAUUCCGUCCCGGUGAUGGGGCCGCAGCAGCUGCUGCAGCUUCUGCUAAUGGGGGGCAGGCCUUCCUAGCAGAGAUUCCUGAAUCUGAGGAAGGGGAAUCUGGGUGGACGGAUACAGAUUCCGAUUCUGACUCUGAGCCAGAGGUCCCCCAGAGAGGGAAAGGGAAGAGAACCAUUCCCAUGCAUAAGCGCCCCUUUCCGUAUGAAAUCGAUGAGAUCCUAGGUGUUCGAGAUCUCAGGAAAGUGCUAGCCUUGCUUCAGAAGUCAGAUGAUCCCUUCAUUCAGCAAGUAGCCCUGCUCACCCUGAGCAACAAUGCCAAUUAUUCAUGUAAUCAGGAAACAAUCCGAAAGUUGGGAGGCCUCCCAAUUAUUGCAAACAUGAUCAACAAGACCGACCCCCACAUUAAGGAAAAAGCCUUAAUGGCUAUGAAUAACCUGAGUGAAAAUUAUGAAAAUCAGGGCAGACUUCAGGUGUACAUGAAUAAAGUGAUGGAUGAUAUCAUGGCUUCUAACCUGAACUCAGCAGUACAGGUAGUUGGGCUAAAAUUUUUAACAAACAUGACUAUUACUAAUGACUACCAGCACCUGCUUGUCAAUUCCAUUGCAAACUUUUUCCGCUUGUUAUCUCAGGGGGGUGGAAAAAUCAAGGUUGAGAUUCUGAAAAUACUAGCAAACUUUGCUGAAAAUCCGGACAUGCUCAAAAAACUUCUCGGUACCCAAGUGCCGUCAUCAUUUAGUUCCCUUUAUAAUUCUUAUGUGGAAUCAGAAAUUCUCAUUAAUGCCCUUACUCUUUUUGAGAUUAUCUUUGACAACCUCAGAGCAGAAGUGUUCAACUACAGAGAAUUCAACAAGGGAUCCUUGUUUUACUUAUGUACUACAUCUGGGGUGUGUGUGAAGAAAAUUCGAGCCUUAACAAAUCACCAUGACCUCUUGGUGAAAGUGAAAGUUAUAAAGCUGGUAAACAAAUUCUGAUUGAUCUGUGCCCUCAAGAUGUGUGAUCUCUCAGUUUUACUGUCUGGAAGCAUUAACAAUGAGACAGUAUUGCUUUUCUACUUGUGUGUGUAGUACAGGAAUUAUUGAGCUGCCAGUUUUGAAUAAUGUAUCAUUCAGCGUGAUGUUAUCUGUGAUAGUCACCAGCUCUAAGCUGAACCAUUUUCUGAAUACCAAAUAGUCCUGUAGUCCUGUAGUCCUGUAGUCCUGUAGUCCUGUGGUUUGAAUUGUGCUGCUUGGGUGGAAUAUUUUUCCUGGGUCCUCUAUGUGAACUAAUAGCAAUCCUGUCCAUGAAUGGCCUACUCAGCUCUUACUUGUUUUGACUUGAAUUUUGUCACCAAAGACUUAAUAUGUGUACCAUCAAUAAAGUGUAUGUUGCAAGUGGCAAGAA